GCGCCCCAUUGGCCGAACCGGCUGUCUAGGCGGAGCCCAGAACCUCUGCUUUUUUCAAUAAGCACCGAGCCACUUUGGGCGCUGGGUCGGAGUCCAGGUGGGCUGGCGCGAACUACAGAUUCUAAGGAUGAGCCAUCAUCACCAGACACACUGAACUCCCAAACUCUGCUAGUUGUUGGGCAAUAAAUUCCUGUCUUCAAGAAUCUACAACGUGGCCCAGCUCCUCAGGUCACUAAAGAACAAGAGAAUAAUUCCAACAUUCUUCAAAUGAAGACGGGCUUGAAGACUGGCUCUAGAAAAUGUCUAAGAGAUAUAACUAACACCCAGGCUCAAAGAUCCAAGUCACCUCAGGGAAAUCCAAAAGACCAGGCCACUCCUCCAAAUAAGAUAAUUACCAUUACCUUGGAUGUAAACCAUAGGGACAAUGAAAAUAGGAAACAUAAGCUCACGUAUAGUGAGAGAGAUAGCUUAUAUGUGGCACUCAAUACUCUUGAGGCUUUCAAAAAAGAGAUGGAGACUCAGCAAGGCAAAGAAGUGCUGGUGCGUGGCAUAGAAGGAAUUGAAGGGUACAUAAACCUUGGGAUGCCCCUCCAGUGUAUUCCUGCAAUGUCCCACCUGGAAAUUACAUUUGUUCCAGGAAGAAGUAAACAAGGUAACCAGAUACUUCGUCAGUAUGACAAAACAGUGUCUACUGACUGUGUCAAAUUUUAUAUUUAUGCAAUUGGGAAGGAGACAAAAAGAAUUGUUAAACACAAAAGACUUCACAAAAAAGGGUUCAAACUCUGCGUCUAUGCUUUCAAAGGAGAAACCGUCAAGGACGCGCUGUGCAAGGAUGGCAGGUUUCUUUCCUUUCUGGAGAAUGAUGAUUGGAAACUUAUUGAGAACUUGGACACUGUUUUAGAAAGCACACUGCCAGUUGAUGACUUCGAGGGCAAGCUCUUUGAGGUUGAAGUUAAGAAGAGAACAAGCCCAAGGGCAACAACCUCUCAGAAUUCUGAGUCACAGCAAAGACACACCAUUAUGCUGAGACCAUACAUUGUGGACCAGUAUCCCAGCUUGGAAAGACAAAGUGAAAAAAUCAGAGAAGACUUCCAGAAAGAAAGAAAGAAGAAAAAGUCAUUGCUUAGCUUUCAUAAAGAAAACUUUGGGAAACUAGUCAUCAACUCUACCACGAUGAAAGAACACAAAGAUUUUUCUCAUUUUGGUCAGUCAGUUGGGUACAUAUCCUGGGACAACAACGGAAACAAAGGUUCUGCCACCUGCUUUGUUUUUAGAGGGCGCCAUGUUCUUACUUGUCGGCAUGUAAUAAAUUUAAUUGUAGGAGAAGGAGUGGAGUCAAGUAAGUGGGCAGACAUAAUUAGUCAAUGUGCAAGGGUGACAUUUGCUUAUGAAGAGUCCAAAGACCAAGAAAAGAACUGCUUUUUCUUUGAAUCUCGGUUUGAGGUAUCUGAUGUAACUCUUGAUUAUGCUGUUCUACAACUGAGGGAAAAUGGACAACCAGUGCCUGUGGGACUCUAUGAUAGAAUUUCUCCUGUACCACUUAAUGGGUUGUUACAUAUUAUUGGCCAUCCAGAUGGAAAGGUCAAGUCAACUGAUAAUUGCCUUGUGAUCCCUCUGGGUCAGCGAGAAAAAAAAUGUCAGGAACAUAUUCAAGCUAGAAAAGCAGAGGGUUGCGAUCCACAUGUUUAUAUGUACACUGAGAAAAGCUUCAAGGAAAUAGUUGGCAACCCUGAUGUGAUUACCUAUGACACCACUUUUUAUUUUGGGUCUUCUGGUUCCCCAGUGUUUGAUUCAAAAUUUUCCUUAGUGGCCAUGCAUACUGCUGGCUACCCUUACAAGUACCAAAAUGGGUUUUCCAGUCUCAUUGAGUUUGGUACUACUAUGGUAGCCAUCCUCCAUGAUAUUAAACAAAAUCAUGGAAUGUCGUAUCAGGCAGAAUGUAUAGAUCAGCAGGAUGUAGAAAUGGUGAGUGAUGAGGAUUAAGGACUAGUGAGAACUCAGUCUAUUUACUAGCUUUAAGGAGUUGCCUAUGGAGUUGUUAUUUCAUGGUUAAUGACGAUAGCUUUCUAAAUCCAAAAUGGUCAGUUUCAUCAAAAAUAAUAGUAAUUAGUAUUAUUGACCACUUUGUAUGUGCCAGGCAUUUUUGUAAGCACGUGAAGAAAUUAAUCCUCAAAACUCUAUGUCAGUUCUGACUCAUAGCGACCCUAUGUACAACAGAACUAAACACUGCCCUUUCCUGCACCAUCCUUACAAUUGUUUUUAUGCUUGAGCCUAUGGCUGCAGCCACUGUGUCAAUCCAUCUCACUAAGGGUCUUCCUCUUUUCUGCUGACCCUGUACUUUACCAAGCAUGAUGUCCUUCUCCAGGGACUUAUCCCUCCUGACAACAUGUCCAAAGUAUGUAAGACGCAGUCUCGCCAUCCUUGCUUCUAAGGAGCAUUCUGGUUGUACUUCUUCCAAAACAGAUUUGUUCGUUUUUUUGGCAGUCCUUGGUAUAUUCAAUAUUCUUCGCCAACACCACAAUUCAAAGACGUCAGUUCUUUGGUCUUGCUUAUUCAUUGUCCAGCUUUCACAUGCAUAUGAUGGGAUUGAAAAUGCUAUGGCUUGGGUCAGGCGCACCUUGGUUUUCAAGGUAAUAUCUUUGCUUUUCAACACUUUAAAGAGGUCCUUUGUAGCAGAUUUGCCCAAUGCAACGUGUCUUUUGAUUUCUUGACUGCUGCUUUCAUGGAUGUUGAUUGUAGAUCCAAGUAAAAUGAAAUCCUUGAGAACUUCAAUCUUUUCUCUGUCAUGAUGUUGCUUAUUGGUCCAGAUGUGAGGAUUUUUGUUUUCUUUAUGUUGAGGUGUAACCCAUACUGAAGGCUGUGGUCUUUGAUCUUCAUUAGUAAGUGCUUCAAGUCCUCUUCACUUUCAGCAAACAAGGUUGUGUCAUCUGCAUAACGCAGGUUGUUAAUGAAUCUUCCUCCAAUUGUAAUGCUUGGUUCUUCUUUAUAUAGUCCAGCUUCUCGGACUGUAUGAGGUAUCCUUAUUUUAAAGUCAAGCAAUGUAAAGGAUGAUAAACCAAAACCCCUUGCUGUUGAGUUGGUUCCAACUCGUGGCAAUCCUGUGUGCUAUGGGGAAGAACUGCUCCAUAGGGUUUUCUUGGCUAUAAUCCUUACAGAAGAUCGCUAGGCCUUUCUUCUGCAGCACUGCUGGGUGGGUUUGAACUACCAACCUGUAAGUUGAUAGAUGAACGCAAACUGUUUGCACCACUCAGGUACCUAAGGGGUGAUAAGAUUAAUAAUCAGUUUUAUGAUGCUAAAAGCAGAGUAAACAUUGAUUUUUUUUUUUUUUUCCGUCUUCUAUAUCUUCUCCCAAAUUCAGUGCUUGAAGCCAGGAUCCAAGACAUGUUCAUCUCAUUAUCCCUAAUGUUUGCCACAUAGAAAGUAAGUGCUCACAAAAUGUAAGGGUGAAUUGGGAGCAAAACUUGACGGCUACAGGUGAUCUUACCUGGUGAGCUAAAAACUUGGUUAGAAAUCAUCUCAAAGUCUUUCAGCAUUUCCGAAGUCCUCAUAUUAUUAAAAUUAUCAGGAUAUAUGUGUCCUGAAAUUAAGAGAAUAAUAACCACUCUAGAUUUAUAGGCUUUUAGGGCAAGGAGGAGAUCUUAAAGAUAAUAUUACUGAUAGAAGAAUUAGUGUUUAAAUAUACUUAUUCAUUUUUUUGACAAUAGACUUUACUUUUUAGAAUAGUGUUAGAUUUAUAGAAAAAUUAGCAGAUAGUACAGAGAGUUGCCAUAUCCCACCACCUCCCCUACACGUAGUUUCCCGUUACUGACAUCUUACUUUAGUGUGGUAUAUUUGUCACAAUGAUCAAUUAAUAUUGAUACUUUAUUACUUCAGAUUUCCUUAGUUUUUGGUUCCAGGAUCCCAUUCAGGACUCUACAUUAUAUUUAAUUGUUGUCAUGGCUCUUGAGGCUCCACUUAGCUGUGCCAGUUUCUCAGACUUCCCUGGUUUUUGAUAACCUUGACAGGUAGAAGCAGUCCUGCUCAGGUAUUUUGCAGAAUGCCCCUCGGUUAGGGUUUGUCUGAUGUUUUUCUCAUGAUUAGACUGGCAUUUUGGGUUCUUGGAGGAAAUCACAGAAGUAAAGUGCCAUUUUCAUCAUCUACCAAGGGUACCUGCUACUAACAUGAUCUAUCACUCUUAAUGUUGACUUUGAUCCCCUGGCUGAAGUAGUAUUUGUCAGGUUUCUCCACUGUAAUGCUACUUUUCUCCCCAUUUGCAUACUCCACUUUUUGGAAGGAAAUCACCAUGCGUAGCCCACACUUAACUGUAAAAAACUGCCAAGCUGUCAUCCAAAGUGGUUGUAUUAUUUUUGCAUUCCCACCAGCAAUGAAUGAGUGUUGCUGUUGUUCCACGUCCUUGUCAGCUUUUGAUAUUGUCAGUUUUUUGGAUGUUAGGAAUACUAAUAAUAUUGCAACUCCUGGGAUUUUUUUUAGGGAGUUAUGAACUUUAUUAAUGAAAUUAGGGCUGUCUUAGAUGAUCUAGGAUAUGUAUGUAUACCUAGCAAUAGUAGAGUAUCAGCCUAGAUUCAGUCAGGAAAAUUGGGCCACUAAAAAUGUUAAAGGAAUAAGGUAUUUAAUAUAGGAAUUGGGGGCUUAUAUGAGUGUGAGAGCAAAGAUCUGUAAGGCUGCAGACAGAGGUGUCGGCCUAAAGCACUGGAAAAGAGAAAGAAGGUGACUGGUUGUGGGGAAGCCUGAGAAGCUGCCAUGUCUUGUCACCAUGAUGGUGAAGUACUAACAUACAGAAUGGUUACAGAGUCGCUGCUGUCAUACGCUACCUACUAUUACAAAGUCCUGUCUGACGGCCAUGACCUUCCAGAAACCAAUGAUUACUGCUUCAUUUCCACCUUCCAGAUUUCUUAUGAGUCUUUUCACUGGCAAACCCUAACCCAGAGCAUACAAGAAUUCUGGGAAAAAUAGUUCCCAGUUUUAUAAAGAAGUGGUGGCAUUAUAAAAUUGACAGCAAAUAAUCAGUACACACCCACACAUGCAAUAGAUACUCAUAUGUAUACUCAUGAGUUAUCCCUAUCGAUCAGGUUGUAAUGCAGUGAGUACCAUAACAUGUAUCUCACAACUUUAAUUGAUUAAGAUGUCAAGUCAGCUGUACUUUGACUUUGUCCUGCAAAUAAAUUGUGAUAUAAACAAAUCCUGUCACCAGGCAUUUUUGUUCACCUGCAGUGUUCUGCCAUGUUUAAUAUCUGAUGUCAUCAUAGAGAAAUAUCAGGUAAAAAUCAGGCUAAAAUUAGACACAGGUAGGAAGAAAAAAGUUUCUGUUUCCAUUGAUCUUUGAUAUAGCUCGCCUCUUUUCUGCCUUCACUGUUUUUGGCUUGGGAAUCCCCAGUGAACUCACAAAAGCUUUAAACAUGGCCUUUCUCUCAUUUCUACCAUUGUUUCUUUCCAAAAAUAUUCAUUUCUUUAUUUUCUUCUUUUCCAUCUUUCACACUGAAACACAAACUCUUGCAUUCUGUCACACCCUUUCCCUGGUCCCUUUGGAGCCAACCUGAAAGAAUUUGAAUUUUAGAUUGUGAAAACUCAAGGUCCCAGUAGUAUUCCCAGUAUGCCUUGGGCAAGUUAACUAAACUUGAGCCUUGAUUUCUCAUCUGCAGUAAUUUUUAGCAUGUUUUAAGCACUGUUUUAACUAUAUAUGCCCACUGAGGCAUCACACUGGCCCUAUGAAGUAGGUAAUUUUAUUAUCCCUAUUUUACUGAUGAGGAGACAGGCACAGAGCAGUUAAGGAACCUGACCAAGGCUGUACAGCUAGUGAAAGCCAGAGUAUGAACCCCAGGCAAUCAAGAUAAAACAACAACAACAAAAACAAACCCAAACCCGUUGCCAUCGAGUCAGUUCCGACUCAGUGACCCUAUAGGACGGAGUGGAACUGCCCCAUAGAGUUUCCAAGGAGCGCCUGGUGGAUUCAAACUGCCGACCUUUUGGUUAGCAGCCGUAGCUCUUAACCACUACACCACCGAGGUUUCCAGUCAAGAUAUAAGAUGGAAAUAAUACUUCUUAGGAGGGUUGAAUAAGGUACUCUCCAUCCCCUUUUCCUUUUGUCCUUUUAACUCUUCAAGUUGUGGUUUUAUGAAUUAUCUUGAUUUGAGUUUGAUUAGGAGAUUUAAGGUUUGAAGAAGAACAGAUCUAAAAUGUUCAGAUUUCUGCAUGGGCAUGAGAGAAAGUGAAGAAGGGAAAUGAGAUGGGAAUUCUAAAGGUGGGAGAAAGGACAAUUGUUCUAUGAAAAGUCUGACCUCUGAUCAAACCCCUUGGUGUUUUAUCAACUUUUUCUACAGCCUCUUUUCAUUUCUUAAUAUACAUACAGAAAAAUACGCGCUUUGGGGAGUGUACACUCCUGUGAGUUUUAACAUGUGUAUAGAUUCUUGUAACCACCACCUGGUCACACCAUCUUGUAAAAGGAUACAGACAAUUCCAACAUGCCAAAGAAUUCCCCCCAUGCUUUGCAAUCUGACUCUUCCCCCGCCCCUAAUCCCUGACACCACUUGUUCUCUGUACUAUAAAACUAAAAGCCAAACCAGUUGCCAUAGAGUCGAUUCCAACUCAUGGCAGCCCCAUGUGUGUCAGAGUAGAACAGCACCCUAUAGAGUUUUCAACUUUUAGAAGUAGAUUGCCGGGCAUUUCUUCUGAAGCACCUUGAGUUGCCAUCUUUUUGGUUAGUAGCCAAGUGCUUAACCAUUUGUACUACCCAGGAACUCCUGCUCUGUUCUAUAACCUAUUGUUGUUGAGUCGAUUCUGACUCAUAGAGACCCCAUGGAAUGGAGUAGGACUGCCCCAUAAGGUUUCCAAGGCUGUAAAUUUUUAAAGAAGCAGACUGUCACAUCUUUCAGACAGCCAUAGUUUCAGCUUCCCUCUUGCCACUAUCUGGAUCAUUCCAUGAUUGUUCUUUCUAGUGCUGACAUCUCUCAGGGGUCUAAAUCUGCAAAUCAAACUGCUGGACACAGGCCCCUCAAACUCGUUAAAAACCAAAGCACUGUGACUCCCCAGAACCACCACCCAGAUCUUACUCUUCCCUGCCCUCUCUGUUCUGCUCACAGCCCCACCAACCACACAGCUUUCCAAACUAAAAUACCUGGAGACAUUUUGUUUGCUCAUUUCUCCUCAUCCCCCCUGUGGAAUCAGUGGUUUUCCUCAAAUGUGACCCCUCUUCUCCAGUUUUUCAUUUCUUUUCUUUCUCUCCCAUCUUUUUCUUUCAAUAGUGUUAUUAUCAUUGUUGUUAGUUGCUGAAGAGUUGACUCUGACUCAUGACAACCGCAUAUAUAACAGAACAAAAUGUUGACAGUCCUAUGCAGGGCUUUGAAUUGAGCCCCUUGCUGAAGGUGGAAAUGCACAUUCUAAGCAAGGGGUUGAACGCUAAUGAACUGGUUCGGAGCCCUGGUCCUAUGCCAUUCUCAUGAUCAUUGGUAUGUUUGAGUCCAACUAUGGUUAUUAUGGUAGCUAACUUUAUCCCCCACUUUAUCACCUGGAUUUUGUUAUUCCAGGGACUGUUCACCUUAUCCUCUGAUAGAAAAUAGAGUGGGAUCAGAUCAUCUCUACCCAGGCAGAGAUUAAACUGAUUUGAAACCGAGCUGCAGAAUUUUAAGUCUGUCUACCUCUGGUGAGCUCUUCAUGUAGAGUGUAGCUCUCCAAGGGGUCCCAAUUGAGGGCUUGGGGUGUUUGCUAGUGUUCCCUCCCUUAUCAAAUCCUGAAAACCAACGUUAUCUCCUGAGCACUGUAAGCCUACAGGAAACUCAGCUCCACUUUCAUUGACUUAUCGGUUAGUUCUUAGCCUCUUGCAUUGUGCCGUUUAAGAGGAGAAAACAGCUCUGUAUAGAGCUCAUUUUUCUGCACCUCCCUUCUUUUUUGUGAAUUUAAGCUUUGACUUCCUUGCCAGAUAUGAACACCAAUUUCCAGCCCUAGGAGAUUGCCAAAAGUUCUGGCUUUUCUGCCUCUUAGUCGUAGCCCUCUGCCUGGGCCCUUUACUCAGAUUCUGCCAUGCAAAGGGCCAGAGAGUAUAUCACUCACAUGUGCUGGUGAAAGGGACACCAACAUCGCUGAGCUCAGUGGUGGCUUCCUCCCAAACUCAGGGCUGGCAGUGGUACAGGCCGUUGCAGAACUAGGCUCAUUGAUAGCAACGGGGAUGACAGAACAUAAAACAGGAGCCAGGAGAGGUGCUGAGCCUUCAGAACAGGUGGAUGCAAUUAUUGUAAUGAGUGGCCAGGUUGAGUGGUAGUCAAGGGGGUCUGACCUACACAGAGUUAUGGAGAUGGCUAUCAGAACACAGUGCUGUUGUUGUUGUUGUUAGGUGCCAUGGAGUCAGUUCCGAUUCAUAGCGAUACAAUAGAAUGAAACACUGCCUGGUCCUGUGCCAUCCUUACAAUCAUUGUCAUGUUUGAGCUCAUUGUUGCAGCCACUGUGUCAGUCCACCUCAUGGAGGGUCUUCCUCUUUUCCGCUGACCCUGUACUCUGCCAAGCAUGAUGUCCUUCUCUAGGGACUGAUCCCGCCGCCCCCCCCCCCAACAAGUCCAAAGUAUGUAAGAAGCAGUCUUGCCAUCCUUGCUUCUAAGGAGCAUUCUGGUUGUAUUUCUUCCAAGACAAGCUCGUUCAUUCUUCUGGCGGUCCGCAGUAUAUUCAAUAUUCUUCACCAACACCACAAUUCAGUGGUGUCAAUUCUUCGGUCUUCCUUAUUCAUUGUCUAGCUUUCUCAUGCAUAUGAGGUGAUUGAAAACACUGGCUUAGGUCAAGUGCACCUUAGUCUUGAAGGUGACACCUUUGCUUUUAAAAACUUUAAAGAGAUCUUUUGCAGCAGAUUUGCCCAGUGCAAUGCAUCUUUUGAUUUCUUGCCACUGGGUCUAAUCACCUGUUACUCAUUUUGCUCAGUUCCCAGGACAUAAUUGGAGUCCCUGGGUGGCACAGACCGUUAAGCCCUUGGCUGCUAACUGAAAGGUUAGCAAUUGGGGUCUACCCAGUGGUCUCUCAGAAGAAAGGCCUGACUACUUCAGGAAAAUCAGCCAUUGAAAACGCUAUUGAACACAGUUCUACUUUGACACACGUGGGAUCACCAUGCGUCAGAGUUGACUCCACAGCAACUGUUUUUAAAAUAUAUAAUUAGAGCCCUUGAAGCCAAAAAGAAUUAAUGCAUUUGAAUUAUGGUGUUGGAGAAGAAUACUGAAUAUACCAUGGAUUUCCCGAAGAAUGAAACACUCUGUCUUGGGAGAAGUACAAACAGAAUGCGCCUAAGAAGUGAGGAUGGCAAGACUACAUCUCAAGUACUUUGGACAUGUUAUCAGGAGGGACCAGUCCCUGGAGAAGGACAUCAUACUUGGUAAAGUAGAGGAUCAGUGAAGAAGAGGAAGACCCUUGAUGGACUGGAUUGACAUAGUGGCUGCAACAAUGGGCUCAAACAUACCAGGACCAGGCAGCGUUUUGUUCUGUUCUACACAGGGUUGCUAUGAGUUGGAUCGGAAUCAACUCAAUGGCACCUAACAACAACAAUAAGCCAAGAUGGUAACUCAAAAACUAUUGCAUCCCAAGUUGGGGGAGGGGGAGAUUAGUGCCAAUAUAAGGAUCUAAAGGACACAAGAAUGGUGGCCUCUGUCAUAUAUGCAUUUAAUUCACCAGUCUGGCUCCUGCAGAAACCAAGUAACUUAUGGACAAAGUCAAUGGAGUACCACAAAGUCAACCAAGUGAUAGACCCAACUUCAGCCCCCCGGUCCAGAUGCAGUAUCUUUGCUAGAGCAAAUUAAUACAGCCUCAGGUACAUGGUAUAUGGCCAUUGAUUGGAUGAGUGUGUUCUUUUUCUGUCACUCCCAUGGGAAGGACAGUAGAUUAUAUUUAUAGUUUUACCCCAGGACCAUAUUAACGCUACCUCCUUCUCUCCUGAUGUAGAUAGGAGAGGUCUGGACUAUCUGUACAUCCUGCAGGGCAUCACACUGAGGCUUCAGAUGAGAUCACAGCCUUGGCCAAAAAAAGUUUGCAAUUUUGUAAGAGACCGUGAGACAGAGGCACCCAGCUAAGCUGCACAUGCAUUCCUGACCCACAGAAGCUGUAAGAUAGUAAAUGUCAUCUUUCAAAGCCACUAAGUUUGGGGUAAUUUGUUAUGUAGCAAUAGAUAGCUAACACACAGAUUAGGAAUUAGCCUUAUAUAAAGUCUAGCUUUCACAAAUAUAAGGAAUUAACUCCAAGGACCUCUACUAAACACUAUUUUGUAAGUGUAGUUACAGCUACUCUGCUUUUUUUUUUUUAAACCACUAAUCACAUUUCUGGAAGUAUGGUUUUUAACAAUUGAACAGCUUUUGAAGGGUUCAGGCAGUCUUUAUUCCAAUCCAUCUUAAUUAGUGAGGUUUUAUUAUGGCCACCAUAUUGCCUAAAUUACAAACUGGGACACAUUGUUUGAUCAAGAGGCAGUUUGGGAGAUGUAGUUCGAAUACUAAAAUGGAAUGUCUGGGAUUUUCAGAGGUUUAUGGUACAGAUUAUUUGAAAUUAAGAUUGUCUUGGAAAAUCUAAGAAGUUUAUAUCUACGUAGAUAAGUAAUUAUUAUAUUAAAUGUAUAAUUACAAGUUAUUGUCUUCAAAUGGGUUGUGAUGAAUUAUAAAUUAUCAUAGCCAAGUGCUUAUCAAAAUAGUUUAUAACCAUAACUGAUUACUAAUGUCAAGUCAUUGAUAUAGUCCCUUCCUCUUACAAAUAAAUCAGGCCAUAUACAAACCCUCUCAUGUGUCAUCAGGCAUUUUGCUUUGCUUUAAUACUCUGCCAUGUUUGACAUGUUUAACAUGGCAGAUACAAGAAGACCAGAUACAAAAUCAGGCUGGACAUAGGUAGAAGCCAGUUUCUCCCUGCUUCCCAUUCAUCCUCCAGAUGGCCUGGCUAGCAUUUGUUAAGAGCCCUUUUAUCUGGGUUAAGCUUUUUCCACUUGGGAAUUCCUGGCUUAGCUGGUCAUCUCUCCAUGACUUCCAGCAUCCUACUGAAUCAUUACUAUUGGUUUCUAGAUGCAUACUUAACCCAGACCACAAGAAAGUCUCCCGAGUCUUCUUACUCUUGGGCUCAUGAUUGGGAGUAAAAGUAGUUCACUACAAUUUUAGAUCACCUCUUCUUCAAUUCUACCUUUGUUUUUCUUCUAGAAUAUUCUAUCCUUGUUUUCUCCCUUCUCUUCUUUCUCAUGAGUCACUUUAACAUUGCCACAUAUCUUGCCUCUUAUAUAAACUCACCAUCUUUGUGUCAUACAAUGUAUAAUAGAAUAGGCAUAGUUUUUUGGGGCCAGCCAGAGGAAUUUUUGAAUAUUGGUUCCCCCUCUGACUAGAUGUGUAAUCUUGGACAGACUGCUUAAAUUCUCUAAGCCUUGUAAUUUGUAAUAAUGGCUCUAACCAAAACAAAACUAAACCCAUUGCCUUCGAGUUGAUUCUGACCGACAGUGACCCUACAGGAGAGUAGGACUGACCCAUAGGGUUUAUAAGGCUAUAAAUCUUUGUGAAAGCAGACUGCCACAUCUUUCUCCCAUAGACAUGAGCAGCUGGUGAGUUCAAAUCAUGACCUUUCAGUUAGCAGCUGAGCCUUUUAACCACUGCACCACAACCAGGGCUCCUUAUAAUAGCUCUAAACAAAAAAAAAAAAACCCGUUGCAGUUGAAUCAAAUCUGGCUCAUAGCAGACCCUAUAAUAGCUCUGAGGUUAUUGUUGUUAGGUGCCCUCAAGUCAGUUCCAACUCAUAGUGACCCUAUGCACAACAGAACAAAACACCGCCUGGUACUGCGCCAUCUUCACAAUCGUUUCUAUGCUUGAGCCCAUUGUUGCAGCCGUGGUGUCAAUCCAUUUUGUGGAGGGUUUUCCUCUUUUUCACUAGCGCUCUACUUUACCAAGCAUGAUGUCCUUCUCCAGGGGCUGAUCCCUCCUGAUAACAUGACCAAAGUAUGUGAGACGUAGUCUCAACAUUCUUACUUCUAAGGAGCAUUCUGUUUGUACUUACUCUAAGACAGAUUUGUUCCUUCUUUUGGCAGUGCAUGAUAUAUUCAAUAUUCUUUGCACACACCACAAAUCAAAGGCAUCAAUUCUUCUUUGGUCUUCCUUAUUCAUCGUCCAGCUUUCCCACGCAUAUGAGGUGACUGAAAACACCAUGGCUUGAGUCAGGUGCACCUUAAUCCACAAGGUGACAUCUUUGGUUUUCAACACUUUAAAGAGGUUUCAGUUGAGCUUCCACACCAAGACAGAUUAGGAAGAAGGACCUGUCCGUCUACUUCUGAAAAGAAUUAGCCAGUGAAAACCUUAUAAAUAACAGUGGAACACUGUUUGAUAUAGUGCCUGAAGAUUAGCCCUUUAGGUUGGAAGUCAUUCAAAAUAUGACUGGGGAAGAGCUGCUUCCUCAAAGUAGAGUCAACCUUAAUGAUGUGGAUGGAGUCAAGCUUUCAAGACCUUCAUUUGCUGAUGUGGCAUGACUCAAAAUGUGAAGAAACAGCUGCAAACAUCCUUUAACAACCAGAAAGUGGAAUGUGUGAAGUAUGAAUCUAGUAAAAUUGGAAAAUGUCAAAAAUAAAAUGGAACACAUAAACAUCCAUAUCCUAGGCAUUGUUGUUGUUAGGUGCCAUCGAGUCAGUUUUGACUCAUAGCGACCCUAUGUACAACAGAACGAAACACUGCCUGGCUCUACACCAUCCUCACAAUCGUUGUUAUACUUGAGCCCAUUGUAGCAGCGACUGUGUCAAUCCAUCUUGUUGAAGGUCUUCCUCUUUUUCGCUGGCCCUCUACUUUGCCAAGCAGAUGUCCUUCUCCAGCGACUGAUCCCUCCUGACAACAUGUCCAAAGUAUGUGAAAUUUAGUCUUGCCAUCUGACUUAGUCAUCUAGUGCUGCUAUAACAGAAACACCACAAGAGGAUGGCUUUAACAAAGAGAAAUUUAUUC